AUGCCUUCUAUCCGUGGCCAGCAUGCACAAGCUCUCUUAAAUCGGCACCACAAUACACUCGGCGCUAUUCCUCCUCUGCGCUCUAUUCCAAGGAAUCGCGAUGAAGUUGUGACUGUUGGGAUCAUUGGCGCGGGGGCUGCCGGUUUGUAUGCUGCGAUGAUCCUCGAGUCAUUCAAGGAAUAUGGCUAUCAUUACGAGAUUCUCGAGGCUGAACCUAAUGACGGGCAUACUGGUGGUCGGCUCUGGACCCAUAAGUUCUCAGCUUCUGAGAACGAUUACUAUGAUCGCGGUGCUAUGCGCUUUCCUGACAUCCCUUUCAUGAAGCGUGUAUUUGACCUAUUCGAUCUGCUUGAGAUUUCCCAUUCCGACCCAAAGCAGGACAGACUGAUACCUUACGUCAUGUCCAACCCCAACAAUAUGCUCUUCUACAACAACAUUCGGAUGACUGUCGAGCAAUACAAUCAAACUGCCUCUGCGGUCCCGGAUCCGUUUAACAUGGGGCUGAAGGCGCGCCCGGAAACUAUUUUGGCUACGGCUCUUGGUCGUUUCAAGGACGAGUUGAAGACAAAUUUCGCCACCGGAUGGGAAAAGAUGAUGAAUUACGACGAGUUUUCCACACGCGAUUAUAUCUACUUUGAGCUUAACACACCUAAACAUUUGUGCUAUACUGACAAGGUCAUCACAAAUUUGGAAACAAUGGAAUCUGCUACGAACUUGUACGACUGCGCCCUCAGCGAAAGCGUGAUGGACUCUCUCGACUUUGACUGGAAUGAUGAUCAGAAAUGGUUCUGCGUACAGGGUGGAGCGGAAGUGAUUUCCCAGAGGAUGGCGACCCGCAUUCGUUACGACAGCAUUCACCGCGGGAAGCGUGUUACAACUAUUGCCCCCGCUUCAUCGCCCGGCAGUAUCAUCCCGCCGACGUCGAUGCACGUCACCGUCGCCGGAGAAUCGACUCCCCGCACAUACUCACACGUCAUCGCGACCAUGCCACUGUCCUGUCUCGCGCUUGUCGAUACAACGCAGUGCAACCUAUCUUGGGACGUGCAAACGGCAAUCAGGGUGUUGCAUUAUGACGCCUCGGUCAAAGUUGCCAUCAAAUUCACGAAGCGGUGGUGGGAAGCGCCGCCAUUUAACAACAUGGGCGGGGUCUCUUCUACUGAUCGGCCAACGCGAGUAGUAAUUUAUCCGUCCUAUGGGAUGGGCGGGACGGACGCUACUAUCAUUGUCAGCUAUACCUGGGCACAGGAUGCCAUGCGAUUCGGUGCUCUGGCUCACGGGAAGAACUCUGAGUCGGAGAAGAUUCUACUUGAGGUCAUUUUGAAGGAUCUCGCGGAUAUACAUGGCCAUUAUCUCACCGCUGAUAGCCUGCGCGACAUGGUGGUCGAUCAUGAGGUAUGGAGCUGGUACAACCAUGAAAAUUCAGCUGGUGCAUUCGCUCUGUUUGGACCUGGGCAAUUUAGCAAUCUUUAUCCUGAAUUGACCAAGCCGCCGGCUGGCCUGCUCCACUUUGCUGGAGAAGCAUCAAGUGUACACCAUGCAUGGGUUCUCGGUGCUCUCAAUAGUGCAUAUCGCAGCAUCCACGAAAUCCUUGUUGCUGAAGGGAGAGAUGAUCUUGUCAAGAUACUCCAGGAAAAAUGGGGCCUGGUUGAUGAGGUUGAUGACCCGCUUGUGAAGAAACAGGUUGCAUUGGGCCAGGCGAAAUCCAUUGCCUGA